AUGCCAGCACCCUUCCCGUCGCUGGGCGGCGAGAGCAGUACGCAGCAAGCACGCCCGUUGCGGGAAGUAGUGGAAGCAGCGAUGGCGGAUCGGUCUUUCAACGUGUCCCGGCAGCCAGCUAUUCAUGUGAUGCCAGAUACACCGAUGAAGCCGUCGUUUGGUAUGACAACGGCUGCUACCUCUGUGCGUAUGCACCGUCGUGGGCGGUCCAUGGGUGCUCCUUUCCCUGCCCGGUCUCCCCUGUUCCCUGCAACGCCAAAAGAUCCGUUUGCAAAUGUGGGCGGUGCCCUGCCCAAUACGGAUGUACGGCCUGCCAUGCAAAACCGGCCCAACCCACGCGGACGGCAUACGCGCUCCGUGAGUGAGCGUAUCUCUGUGCCACGGAGUUUGUUUGCCAACGAGAUUCCUAGCCGACCGCUGCAGGCGGAUCCGGAUGAUGUGUUUGAAUCGCCGAGUGAAUCGCCCAUCCGGCCUCUAGGGGCUCUAACGUCCUCGACUACAGCGCUACCUAGCUUGCGCCGCGAUGCGGACACAUCAGGUACACGUUCCCAUGGUCGUGUGUCAGGUGUGGCACCAGUAUGCCCCAUUCCUGCACAAACUGAUCGGGCUGACUCGUCGACCUCGAUGCCAUACCCUACGUCGCCAUGGAGUGACGAGCGAAGCGUGGAUCACCCUGUGCAGUCCUGCAUGGACUCGCCCAACAACCUGUUUUUGCAUAAACAAAUACCCUUAUCUGAGAGAAAGGGCUCCUCUUUCGCACAAGGAUGGGAUGCCGAUGUGUCUGGCACAGGUGGUUUGGACGUGCUUGACACUCCCAGCGCCUCGCACGGACGAUUGCAGGCGUGGCUGGAGAGUACGCCUACCGCUGUGCGUCAAGGACGCGUGCCGAGGCAUGAUACCACUUCUAUCCACCCACCGAUACCUGAACUUGAUGAUAUGAUGGAGCCCAAUACGCCUACUCGUAAGAAUAUGAAGUGGUUCGAGGCCACACACUCCCCUGUCGCCAAAACAGCGCACAAACCAAAGACGCGGCCACGCCAUUCUCAGCCUGCCUACCUGAAUACGCCACCUGCCAAAGCAGGUGGGCAUAUGCUCGCGGCCAGUGCCCCUGCGGCGCGCCAUCGCUCGUCACGUGUAAGCCAGUUUGAAGAGCAUUUCGUGGUGGAAGGCAUGCUGGGCACGGGUGAGUUUAGUGAAGUGGUCAAGGUACGUGAAAAGGCGACAGGAUACAUUUCCGCUGUGAAGCGAAUGAAGCGGCCCUUUGUGGGACCCAAGGACCGUAUUCGCCGCCUGGAAGAGGUGGAUGUGCUGUGCCUAUUGAAGCAGCGACGAUCGACAUGGCAUGACCCAUGGUUUGGCGCCGAGGGCGUGGUAGAUUUGCUGGAUGCAUGGGAAGAAGAUGGCUUCUUGUACUUGCAGACAGAGCUCUGCCCGCUGGGCUCGCUGGCGUUUGUCCUGCGUGAAUAUGGCCGCCAAGUGGGUGCCUUGGAUGAGUCGCGUCUGUGGAAAGUCUUGGCGGAGUUGUCGUCGGGCCUGGACUUUAUCCACCGGUGCGGCGUGCUGCACUUGGACUUGAAGCCUGCGAACAUUCUCAUUACCGAAGUGGGCACGCUGAAGAUUUCAGACUUUGGCAUGGCCACACGGUGGCCACGUUGCACAGCGCAAGAGAUUCUCGCGGGUGCGCACUUGGAGACGAACAAAUUCGCGACGCAUCGGCCAUCGGCUGUAGGCGACACGUCUCUUCCGACAUGGUCGACGUCCUUGAUGCCAGAAUGGGGUACAGCCAGCACGGUUGAGCCAUUCGCAUUUGGGGGUACGUCGUCGGGUGGCAGUGGCGAGCCAGAUACAUCCACGGUGCUGGGCAGCCGACGUCGGUUGGCCCGUCCAGUACGCCGCACCAGCCCUGUCAUGUCGUUAGAGCGCGAAGGCGAUCGUGAGUACAUUGCGCCUGAGGUGAUCUUUGAGUCCAAGUAUGGCAAGCCGGCUGACGUGUUCAGUCUAGGCACGAUCAUGCUGGAGGCGGCGUGCAGUGUUGAGAUCCCAGACAAUGGCGAGCCUUGGCACAAGCUGCGCACGAAUGACUUUUCGGACGUGAGUUUCGAGAGUGUAAGCCCUGCCAUGCAAUCGAUCAUUACCUCGAUGCUCGCGGCUGAGCCGAGUGUGCGACCCACCGCAUCGGAUUUGGUCGAUAUGCCUGCGCUGGUCAUGGUGCGUCGCCUGAUGCGGCAGGGCCUCAAAGCCAAUGAACUCGACCAGCUCCCGAAUCUCGGUGCGAGCACGGAGCCAGCGCCGCCGGCGCCGUACCCACUUCCGCCGUCCAAGUACUAUGAACCGCCUCACGCAGGUGUUUUGGAUCCUGAGCGCCAGGUCGUGAAGAUCCGUGGUGCGAUGAUCCAGGAAGACAAUAUGGUCUUCCUCGCACACGUCUUGCACGUGGCCGAUAGCCACGACGAGUCGUCCCCUGAUACCUCCACGUCGUUGAUGACCGAAGAUGCCUUACCGGGCAACGACGCCUGCCCGCCCAUGUCGCCUGUCCUCUCUGGCUGCUCACCGACUUUGUUGGCGCCGCCUAAAUAUUUGGACGAUGUGAUGCCCUCGGGUAUGGAUAUUGACAAAGUCCUCCCUGUAUAG